AUGGCAGGCGAAGAUUUUUCAAAAAUAUUUCAAAAUAAAGCCUUAGAAGAGAAAAAGAAACUUAAAGAAUUAGGCAUAUAUCAACCAAGUACUAGUAAAAUAAAAGAACAAGGCCUUGACACAAAUGAAGAGAAGGAAAUUGUGACACAGUUUGAUGCUUAUCCAGAUAUAGAAGAUAGUGAAGAAGAUGAUCUUAUAUGUGGAAGUUAUAUACGCCACGAAGAUUUCUUACCUCACAGGCAAAGAUCAAACACUACACAGUGGCUUGACAAAAAAGAACAGGCAUUAAAAAAGGCAGCUAAAAUUAAAGUUAUAAAAUGGGAGGAUGCACCAACUCAACUUACAGCUGAACAAAUGGCAGAAACCUUUGCAAAAAUGGAUAUAAAGAAGCAAGAAAAAAAGAAAUCUCUUUUGGCUGAACAGUUAGAGCAAUGCCCUGAUCUUCCCUAUCGUCAAUAUCUGGAAUAUGCAAAGUUUGAUGGAACAGCACAACUAGGGCUCCCUACAAAAUCAUUUAAAAUAUUUAUGACAAUGCUACCAGAAAAGCAUCAGAACUACCCAUUAGUUGUGUGUGUUAUUGCCAGUGCCAAAAUAAAGGAUUUAAUAGGCUUCACUUGCUAUAAGUACAGCAUUGAACACCCAGAAAUAUCACUUGGAUCUGUGCAUGACUACGGACUUUGUAUAGCAGAGGAUGAUGGAGAAGUUGACUUGGCUUUCCCCUGCUUGGAUGCCAAUGAACCUUGUUCUAAGUUUGGUUUCACUUGCCUUGGUUUAGUUGAUUUAAAAAGCAAGAUUGUUUUUGAUAGAGCUACAAGUUCGAUUCCAGAUUGCUCUGUGUUAAGUGGAGCUUUUCAUGUGUUUCCAAAAGCUUCAGAUUCUGGACAAAGCCAUCAUAACACUUCUAGACAUAACACAGGAGGGAGCUCCACUUCUGAGGCAGUAAGAAGUGCUAUCAAAGCAGUUAAUGAAGAAAAAAGAGCUGGUGGUUUGAAUUUAGACAAAAUUCAGGCACAUAUAAUUGCAACUGAAGCACCACAAUGUAAGGCCUAUAAAGUGCAUAUGUUAAGAAAAGUGCGAACAAAUACAUCAGUUCAGUUGGUGGUAUCAUUGGACAGAAUCGAAGUAGAGCCCCUUAUUACACAUAAACAUGCGUUCUGGUCAAGGUCAAAAUAUUUCCUGCAUAGUAUAGACUCUGUGGCAUGGUGUCAAAUACUGGAGUCUAAAGCCAACAAGACCACAUUUAGAAUAGUGUAUUCUCCUAGUCAUAACGCUGCCUUUAAUGACCGCACUACAGGUAAUUCAAAUUACUUCCAUCCAAACACAACAUACAAGUUUCAUGAUUUUGAAUGUGAUCAUGAUACAGCUAAGGAAAUUGUAGAAAAAAUAAACACUAUCUUAGAUCUUAGGAACAGUCCCUGUCGGCGAGAGUACAAGACUGCCAAAGACAAAAAGUUACAGACUAGACGAAGCUUUCACAUGAAACAUGUUAGUUGA